UAUGCAAACUUUUUAGUGCGACAUUUUUUUAUGCACUGCGAAAAUAUUUCUGUUGCGAAAGAAACACGUAAAAUAUCAACGUUUUUCCUUACUUCAUUAGUAUUGUCAUAGUUAAAGUUAUUUAUGGAUCCUGUUUAAAAUUCAUUAAAUGUGUGCUGUGCAAGUAUUAGCUGCUGAUGCUCCAAAACAGUUAAUUAUGUACGUGAAUGCAAUGACAAUUCUUGUUCACACUGUUUCGCUGACAGCUGCGAUAAUUUCGUAUUUAAAUUCCACACGAUCUCGUAUAGAUUUUAUCUUAUACGAAGCAAGAUUUUAUCACAAAAAUACUGUGAAAUCGCUCGUAAUUAUGCGCUUUAAAUGCAUGGAACGAAUGCUGGAGGCCGCUUGCUCAAGGGAUAGCCUUAAUAGGUGAUAACGGGACAUUCUCCAAGAACGAGCGAGACGGCAUAUGCGUUCGGAAAGCUGCGCGCGCGCACUUCUCCGGUGGCGCCGCCGCGCGUCAGUUCCCGGCAAAUAUUUUGACGUAGCGGACGUGUUUUUAGUGUGUUUUUGAAAUUUUAUAUUCGAAACAUAAAGUGGAUUUAGUGUUUGUGAUGUGUAGUGUUUAGUGUUGGGUGACUGAUGGGUGUUGGUGGGUUUGGUGAGGUGUGUGAUGCGCAUGCGCAGUUCAAACAUUGUUGAUUGCAUUGUAUGUGUCGAGGUGAUUGUGUUUGGUAUUGUACGCGACUGGAUAUGUUGUACUGAACAACUCAGAAUUUGAUGGAGUGAUACCGCAUGGGGCUAGCCGCUGCGCUGCUGGAGGCGGCGGCGCGCGGCGAUGCGGCUCGGCUCGCGAGCCUACUGCACGCUGACUGCAGCGAGAUCGACGUCGUUGAUGAGAAUGGUUGCACGGCAUUGCAGCGAGCUGCGGCUGACGGACACGUGGAGGUGGUGCAAUUGUUGCUGCAACACGGCGCCGACCCCAACAAGCAAGACAACUUGCAUGGCAAUACCGCGGCACACGAGGCUGCAUGGAAGGGCUACUCGCGCUGCGUGUCGCUGCUGGCGCACGGCGGCGCCGAGCUGCGCGCCAGGAACGCGGGCGGGUUCGCGCCGCUGCACCUGGCGUGCCAGAACGGACACAACCAGUCCUGCCGCGAGAUACUGCUGGCGGGCGCACCGCCAGACUUGCAGAAUAAUUAUGGCGACACGUCACUGCACACGGCGGCUCGGUACGGCCACGCGGGCGUCACUCGCAUCCUCAUCUCAGCACAAUGUCGCGUCUCCGAGCAAAACAAGAACGGAGACACUGCCCUCCACAUCGCUGCCGCCAUGGGCCGAAGGAAACUAACGCGCAUUCUCCUAGAAGCAGGCUGCGACAAAUCCAUCAAGAAUCAGCAAGGAGAGACCGCUAGAGAUAUAGCCACAAGAAAAGGACUUGAAGAGAUCAUACAGAUAUUAAAUACGCCUGUUGCCAAACAACCUAAAAAGAAACAUCGGGAUAAAAGCAAGGAACGGACGAUAGACGAACCCGAUGAUGCUAAAAAGAAAGAAAAGGGUAAAGAUAAAAAGAAGAAGAACGUGCAUUUUGAGACGCCGCAAGUUCAAUGGUCCCCUUACGGUUGCCAUUACUACCCCGACCCUAAAUACUUCCCAAAGCCUAAGUUGAGCUCGCUUCCCACCGAACCCCUUAGAAAAGGCGAGCAAUAUUUCUUAGACUUGGCUGGUAAUAUAAAGAAGGGACCUAUCGGGGCAGGAUACACUUGCUACUGUGCGCCGUUCUUCAAACACAUGGAAGACAAGUUGAACGAGGACAAGAAAGAUCUGAAGAAGCAUAUAGAUCAAGCACAUGAGAGACUGGAUCAGAAAGUCACAGAUCUAGAGAUGAAAACUCAAGGUCAAAUAUCAGAGCUAACUAGAUUUGUAGCGGCUGAAAGAGCUUUGUGCAAAGAAAGGCAUAAACAUUUGGAGCAAUGGUUGACUCGAGGCAUGAUGUUCAGAGCUUCAGAGAGAGUGAAGAAAUUAGACUUCAGUCCAAAAGGUUCGUUAGAUAUUCCUCCUUUAAAACGAACGAGGAGUUUGGAGCUAUUGGACACCGAAGAAUGGAGCAAAGUAAAUCGAAUCAUAACGAAUUUUAAUCAAAACGCUGAACACUUCGGGAAUAAUGCCAAAGACUUAAAUGAUAGCAAGGCUACAUCGAAAAGUACUGAGUUAUUAGAUACGAGACGAUCACCAAGUCCUAGAAGAAGGUAUGUGAUGAAAAACUCGAAAAGUACCGACCACCUGGACGCUGGACCUAGUAGACUGUCACGACCACCUCAAGCAAUGCCCAGUUCUGUAGACCAAAGCCAUAUGCAAAAUGUUACAGCAGAAAUCCACGUCAAGGCUAAUAAAGUUUCGGUUUCGCAGUCACCAUCCUCGAUAGAAGUUCAGACCUACAGUCAGAGAUAUGUAUCACCUAGUCGACACACAGAUUCUAAGUCACCUAACAAACCCAUCGAUUCAGAGGAUAGAAUACAAAGGGAGCAAGUGGUCCCUUUGUGGAAGAGCCAAGUGUUGCAACGAACAGCAGAUGAUAUAAGAAAAAGAAAUGUCCCUGACAAGGAUAUAUCAGAAGUUCCUAUGAGAAACCCUAAGCCGUUAGAUAUCUCUCAAGAUGGUUACGUGAAGCUACGAAAGCAAAAUUAUCAAGAGCCCGAAAAACCAAGGAAAUCCGUACAAGAAUUAGUAGCGCAAGUAGAGCAACAAAGAUCAAAAUCCCCUGAACCGAUGUUAAGAAAACCACCCACCGAAAUGCCCGAACCUAUCACACAACCUCCCGGAAUUUUGAAAAUGCCGCAACAGCCUCAGCGGCCAGCGCCUGUACUAAAAGAGAAACCACCGAAAAGCAAACGAUUUAGUUUGCACAAUCUCAUUCCAUUCCCAACAAGGAAGACGUUCCAAAGUCCACAAAAAGAAAACGGAAACAACUCUGAAAGUAGUGAUGAAGAAGACAACCCCAUAAGAAGCUCAGUACAACCGGGGCCGAUGAGGAACUCAAACUUACUGCAGACUUUACCACUUCCAAACUACGAGACGAUGUCAACCAAAUCUCAAUCUCCCGCCACAAUUCAGAACCACUACGAUUUACGGUCAAUGAUUCCUAAAGAUGCUUAUUUUCACGAAAUACCUAACCGACAACAGCCUUACUUGGAGAACGGGCUUCCAAUACCUCAAUAUCCACAAGCGCAAUACGACUACAACCAAUCAGGCCUUCCAUCACAAGUUCAAGCGAGGAAUAGGAAUCCUUUAUACCACCACCAAACCGGAGUGUUUGAUGCGAUGAUGCAAGAUCAUAUUUUAAGGGAAAUGGAGCGGAUGCCCCAUUGCUACAGCGAGCAUUUGGAUCAAAACACUGAAGUGGAGAUCGCGAACCAGAAUGAUCACUUUCGUGGCGUUUACUACGAUAACCGUCCAUCAAUGUACCCACGAGGAAACUUGAGGAAACCGGCUCCAGACCACAGUUUACUGCACAGCAGACUACAAUCUCUGGCCAUCAACACCCAUUUGACCGAAACACAAAGCCAGACGGAUAGGGAUUCUCAUAAUGACUCUGGAUAUAGUACAAAGGUGUAUGGCAGUUCUCAAGGACCGUCUCCAAGCUUGUCUGGACAUGUUGAAGACAAUCUGUCGGGGCAGAGGGUUAAUGUUAGUGGAGGAAAGGCGAUGGGGCAGAUCGGAGCCUCUAGCUUAGUGUGAAUACUCGUGAAAUAGUUUGUUUCCAACUCUAAAGUACCCAUUUGUAUUAAUUUUCGUUCGAUAUCAAAAUAUUGUUGAUAAAUCUUGUGCCUUGAAAUUUGAUGUUGUAGUGUUAUCAUAAUGGUGAUAGCUUUAGGAAUUAAAACUGUACCCAGAUGAUAUGGACUACGUUAUAUGAACAGCAAUAGAUUCAGAAUAUGCCUAAACAGACAAGUUCUAUAUGAUUUUAGAACGUUAUGAGGUGGAUGCCGUUAAAAUCAACCUCUGUUUUCACUUAGGAGAAGUUUCUCUCACUUCCCCAUUCGAAAUUCGAAUCCGUAUCUGUAUAAAAAUGAAAAUAUAUCGAUAUCUAUACUAUGUGCCUAUAUGAAGUGCCUGUACUGAACAAUCGAUUCAUCGUGAAAGUAAAAUAUGAAAAAAAUACGUGCAAACUAUUCUCUCAGCACAUUUUAAUACCACAAAAGACUAGCUUUUAGCACGUACUUCUUUUAUCAUUGGGCAAAAUCCAAUAAAAUUCAUUAAAAUACUCAUAAAAGUAAUAUGUCGUGGUCAUAAAUAAUGCUGCCUAAGUCACUAAGUUUUUUAAACAUAAACACAGACAAACAUAAUAUAAAAUAAAAAGUACAAAUUUAAUUUAGAUUCUAUAAUGAUGCCAUGUAUCACAAUAUUGUUAGUUACUUUGAAAUUAUUUUAAUUGUAUGUAAAUAAGUAUAAUUAAGAUUCGAGUGUGUGUAUUUUUUAUGUCCAGAAAUUUUAUAAAAUUCAGAUUGUCAAAAAAAUAUGAUCAAGUAAUGUAUAUGAAUAAAAAUCACAUAAAUGUAUCUAUAGGUUUAUGCAAUGGCGCCCUAUUAUUAUUUCUGGUCACGUGUGUACAGCCGAUCUAUCUUUAUGGCCUGUCUGAAGUUAUCACUUCACCCUUAAACUCUCCUGUAGGAGAAAAUAAAUGUUCACCUUAUACCGCAAACUAUUUCAUUAACCAUUUUAUUGUUUACGAAAAAUCAACUUUUUACAUGCAUCAAAUGCAUCGUUCGGAAUCUUCAUUUCUCUUGAAUCAGCACAGCAUCCAUGAAAACAAAACUUCAACCUCACUCGUGACUAACAUCAGGCCAUAAAGAUCAAUAUAAGUUGUACUUCUAUUUUACUGAAUAAUUUUACUUUAACUUUUAAUUGUAUAAUAAUGACUUGUAAAAAUGCUUAGCGCGUUAUGUAGCCACGCAUUUGUAUGUUUAUAUGAAAUAUUUCUAUUUAUUUAUAAUUUGUACUGACUGAAUGAUUCAAUCUAAUAAAAUGCACUUUUGAAGUGUCCACACCUUA